AUGGGGCUCCGGUCCAGGACCGUCGCUAGCGGCUCGGAGGAGCAGAAGAAGGCUUCCGGCGCUGCUCCCGGGGACUUAUUGGACCAAGGCACCGGGGGAGCGGACAAGGAUGGCGCCCUGCUGCUGGUGGCUCAGGGCCGGGAUGACUUCAAGCGAGGCUCUCAGGGCAUCGGCAUCGGGCUGCUGGCCAAGACCCCCCUGAGCUACACCCGGCCGGUCAAGAGGAAUAACAUCCGUAAGAGGAGGAUCCAGAACCUGAUCUACGACGCGCUGGAGAGGCCGAGAGGAUGGGCGCUGCUCUACCACGCGUUCGUGUUUUUAAUCGUCCUGGGCUGUUUGAUUCUGGCCAUUCUGACAACAUUCAGGGAACAUGAGAAGGUGUCUGCACACUGGCUGGUUAUACUGGAAACCUUCGCCAUCUUCAUCUUCGGGGCAGAGUUUGCGCUGAGGAUCUGGGCGGCGGGAUGCUGCUGUCGCUACAAAGGAUGGAGGGGGAGGCUGAAGUUCGCUCGUAAACCCCUGUGUAUUUUAGACAUCUUCGUGCUGAUUGCCUCGGUGCCUGUGGUGGCGGUGCGUAACCAGGGUAAUGUGUUGGCCACGUCCCUGCGCAGCCUGCGCUUCCUGCAGAUCCUGCGGAUGUUGCGCAUGGACCGGAGAGGAGGUACCUGGAAACUGCUGGGCUCCGCCAUCUACGCACACAGUAAGGAGCUGAUCACAGCCUGGUACAUCGGCUUCCUGUCUCUGAUCCUGGCGUCUUUCCUGGUCUACCUGGUGGAGAAGGACGACGUCUCCAUGGAUAUCCCAGGAAACCAGGAAAACCCCGCCGCUCAGCCCAAACCGCAAGACUUCGACACCUACGCCGACGCUCUGUGGUGGGGGCUGAUCACCCUGACCACCAUCGGUUACGGGGACAAAACCCCAAAGACCUGGGCUGGGAGACUGUUAGCCGGCACUUUUGCUCUGAUCGGAGUGUCCUUCUUCGCUUUGCCUGCAGGGAUCUUGGGUUCAGGCUUGGCUCUGAAGGUCCAGGAGCAGCACAGACAGAAGCACUUUGAGAAGCGCAGACAUCCAGCCGCCGGGCUCAUCCAGUCUGCCUGGCGAUAUUAUUCCACCAAUCCAAUCAGGGAAGACCUUAUUGCCACAUGGAGAUUUUAUGAAACAGUCAUCUCUCUUCCCUGUUUCAGGAAGGAACACUUGGAGGUCAUGGCGAGCCAAAAACUGAGUUUACUGGAGCGUGUUCGCCUUCCCAACGCCAGACCAUCGGUUGGGAUGGGCAAGAAGCUCACAGGUAAUGCCGACUCCAUCGAGGAAAGUCCCUCUAAGGAGCCCAAACCUGCCGGCUUCAGUAACCGGGAACGCUUCCGCACCGCCUUCCGCAUGAAGGCCUACACACUCCGCCAGAGCUCUGAAGAUGCUGGAGCUCUAGCAGAUCCAGCCUUAGAGGAGCGGGGCUUCCCCCCGGACAUCCUCCUGGAGGAGAUGAUCCCCACACUGAAACUGGUCAUCAGGGCAGUCAGGAUCAUGCAAUUCCUCCUGAACAAGAAGAGGUUUAAGGAAACUCUGAGGCCUUAUGAUGUCAAAGACGUGAUUGAGCAGUACUCUGCUGGACACCUGGACAUGCUCUGCAGAAUUAAAUACCUCCAGACAAGGAUUGACAUGAUUCUUGCCCCUGGACCCCCCCUCACUCCGAAACACAAGAAAACUCAGAAAACGCCCUUUGCCUACCCGCCCAAUCAGUCGCCCAGGCAUGAGUCCUACCUAGCCAAAGCCGCCUCCAUGCCAGAUGCCGAAGACCAAAGCAUGAUGGGUAGAUUUGUCAGGGUGGAGAGACAGGUGGAGGACAUGGAGAAGAAGCUGGACUUCCUGGUGGACAUGCACAUCCAGCACACUGAGCACCUGCAGGUGGACUCAGCCGGUGGUGCCCACAUGACUCUGGAGACCUGCGAUCCUACUGGGAACGGUGAGAUCAGACGGGUUUUCUUCAACUACUCGGAGGCGUUCCCACACAUGUCGUACCAGAUGCCUGUCAGCAAGGUGAAUCCAUAUUAUGGCAGGGGUGGAAGAGGAGGCGGAGAGGGGGUGGGGUUAGGCGGAGGAAGCCGUGAACCUCCAGAUCAUCAACCCCUGCCAUCACACCCCUACCAACACCACCCUCCAGCUGCCAUCCCCACCUACACCGAGCGCCCCACGGUGUUGCCCAUCAGCUCCCUGCAGGACUUGUCAGCGGGGCUGGGCAGGACCACAGGGGGGCGGGGGGCUGACUCGCCUCUCUCCAUGCUGUCGGUGAACCACGAGGAGCUGGAGCGCUCGCCGAGCGGGUUCAGCAUCUCUGGGGAGCGGGAGGGGGAGGAAGGGGAGGACCUGUCCAUGGGGGCCAGGGUGGCAACCGGGGACACCAGCUGGACGAGACCCAGACCGAGCUACCUGGCCGAGGGGGAGACGGACACGGACACGGACCCUUUCACACCCAGUGGGGGGCCCCUGCCGCUUUCCUCCACAGGGGAGGGAUUCGGUGACGCUGUGUGGAACACGCCACCCUGA